AGUUCUUCUUGUUUCGAUACCUAAAAUUCUCAAUCAUGAUUCACAAGUUUCCUAGCAUCAUUAACUCGAUUCAAUCGUCAAGAAUUAAAACCCUAAACCCAUUUAUCUCCCUGUCUAGAUUUUAUCAUUUCAAGCCAAAAAAGGAUUUUGAUUCUUCAAACCAACCUUCAAUUCAUUCAUCAAGAACCGCCCAAAACAAUGUUGCAAUAUUCUGGGAUUUGGAUAACAAGCCCCCAAAUUCAUUCCCUCCAUUUGAAGCGGCUGUAAAGUUGAAAACAGCAGCUUCUUCAUUCGGGGUUGUUCGGUCCAUGGUGGCCUAUGCUAAUCAGCAUUCGUUUACCCACGUACCCAAAGUUGUUCGGGAGCAGAAAAGAGAGAGGAAAUUGUUGAACCAGUUGGAAAACAAAGGUGUGAUCAAGUCAAUUGAACCAUAUAUUUGUAAAGUCUGUGGGAGAAGAUUCUACACUAAUGAGAAGCUUGUCAAUCAUUUUAAGCAAAUUCAUGAGCGUGAACACCAGAAGAGGGUGAAUCAAAUAGAAUCUGCUAGAGGGAGUAGAAGGGUGAAAUUGGUGGGUAAGUAUUCAAUGAAAAUGGACAAGUAUAGAGCUGCGGCUAGGGAUGUUUUGACUCCCAAAGUUGGGUAUGGUUUAGCUGAUGAGUUGAAAAGGUCAGGAUUUUGGGUUGGGACUGUUUCGAAUAGGCCACAAGCCGCAGAUAUUGCGUUGAGGGAUCACAUGGUGGAUGUGAUGGAUAGGAGGGAAGCCGAGUGUUUGGUGCUUGUGUCCGAUGAUUCGGAUUUCGUUGGUGUGUUGAAGGAGGCAAAAUUGAGGUGCUUGAAGACUGUGGUUGUGGGGGAUGUCAAUGAUGGUGCACUGAAAAGAGUUGCAGAUGCCGGGUUUUCUUGGACGGAAAUAUUGAUCGGAAAGGCUAAGAAGGAGGCUGUAUCCGUUGUGGGGAAGUGGAAAGACCGGGAUAUCUUGAAGAGACUGGAGUGGACUUAUAAUCCAGAGGUGGAGAGGAAGUUAUAUGGAUCUGAAGAUACAAUGCUUGACGAUGAGAGUGAAGAUCAGGAUUUUGAAUGUACUGAUUAUAUGCAUAAGAAAGAUUCUGCUGCAUGGUGGGAGUUGGACACUGAAUCUGAUGCUGAUCCUUCGGAGUUGCAAUAGUAAUGCAGAUGCUGCCUUCAAAUUCUUAGCUUACAAAGCAUGGAAAAAGUAACAGAGCU